AUUCCCCUUGGGGACUAGGGAGGACUGAGGAGAAGUCAGAAGAUGCCGAGUCGCGUAGCCAUUACGUAUUCCCACCCUUUCCCCACUUUUCUUUCGGUCCUAAGAAUUCCUUUUCCAUCACAUGCGUUGUUACCAUUUAUGCGAAUUCCCCUUCACUCGACCGAUUACCAUAAGCAGUUGUGAUUUCGCUUUCACCUCUUCUCCGUUUUCUUACUUGUUUUUACUUUCCCCUUCAUUCGUAUAUUAGAAUUCCUGCAAGGAAUGGCUAAGGCCACCGGGAACUUGAAUUUACUAUGUCGAGGCCUUGCAUGCAAGCGACAAUAGCAUGGACGAGCUGCCAGGAGCGUUGGGAACCAGCGCCAGCUUGGCUCUGCGGAUGGGUCAGACUGUCUUUUCCUCUGCAUCCCUUCUCUUAAUGUGCGUGGACGUUGAUUUCUACAGCUACACUUCCUUCUGCUAUUUGGUGACAGUCAUGGGUUUGGUAAUUCCAUGGAGCCUGACAUUGCUGGCAGUUGAUGCGUUCUCUGUUUUCAUUAGACGUUUACCUCGUCAACCAAGAAUAAUAUCGGUCGUAAUUGUAGGAGAUUUGGUUUUGUCGUUUCUCUUGCUUGCCGCAGCAUCCUCAACAGCUAGUGUCACAGAUAUCCUGCGUGAUGCUGGUAGAUCCUACUGCCCUGCAAAGUUAUGUGGUAGAUACCAGUUGUCUGCAGCAAUGGCAUUCUUGUCUUGGUCCCUUACAGUUUCUGCAUCUCUCUUCAAUCUUUGGAUUCUUCCUUCUUUAUAAAAUUCUGGAUGGCAGUUGCAAAUUGUAGAAAUGAAAUGGGUAAAUAUUGAGAAAAUCAUGUUUGAAAAUGUCUAAUUUUGUUGAGUUAGUCUACAUACAAUUCCCAAACAGGGACUGUUCAUGCAA